UUUGCAGGAAACUAUGCCAACUGUCUCGAUCAAACCUCACUAUUUAUCUGGUCUUUCAUGAGAUAGUUGACUUUCCAAAGCAUCUUUGCACCAUGUCAGACAAGUACAACUUGAAGUGGAAUUCCCACCAUGUGGAUACUUUCUCCAGCUUCAACACCUUUCGAAACCAAGAACAUCUGGUCGAUGUGACUUUGUCCUGUGAGAGUGAGGUGUUCAAGGCCCACAGACUGAUCUUGUCCUCUGGGUCGCGAUACUUCAAACGGAUUCUUCAGCACUGUCGUGACAACACUGUGAUUCACUUCUUUGGAGUCAGUGCGCACCUCUUGAAGUUCCUCAUCGAAUUUAUAUACGUGGGCGAGAUCGAAGUCCCAGGAGGAGACCUUGAACAGUUUGUGAGCUUGGCAGAGGCACUGGAGCUAGAGGGGCUCAAGAAGGACUGCUCUCCGUCCGGGAUCGCGUGGAAUCGUCCGGCGCUGAAGCGCAAUGCCAACAGUCUGAAUGCUCCUGGUGCCCUCAAGGUUCCCAGGAUGUGUGAAAUCGGUGUUGCCUCCACCUCCCAACAGGCAUCAGCAGAGGAGGGACAGGAAUGGGAGGACGAGGAGGAGCAUUGUCUUGUGCAGCUGAAAAACAGUGUCCCGACCUCAAUCCCCACAACCCCUGAAGGCAUCAAUCCUGAGAUCGAAGUCCCAGGAGGAGACCUUGAACAGUUUGUGAGCUUGGCAGAGGCACUGGAGCUAGAGGGGCUCAAGAAGGACUGCUCUCCGUCCAGGAUCGCGUGGAAUCGUCCGGCGCUGAAGCGCAAUGCCAACAGUCUGAAUGCUCCUGGUGCCCUCAAGGUUCCCAGGAUGUGUGAAAUCGGUGUUGCCUCUACCUCCCAACAGGCAUCAGCAGAGGAAAAUUCUGUCAGCUCAGCCAAAGUAAAAAGCGAAUCUUCAGCCACUGCUGCUGCCACUGCUGCUCUGACUGCACUUGCUGAAGAGGAAUCAGGCAUGGAACAUCCUGAUGAUCCACUUGGAGCACUUGAGGCAUGUGGCUUUGACAUUUUUUUGGCAUGA